AAAAUCCAGUCCGAGCUGAGUGGACAUGACGUGACUCUGGAGGACAUGAGGAAGAAGAACCAGGACAAAGACUCGUCCCAGAGGAUCAUGGGACAGAUUGACCUUACACAGAAAAUGUUGGCAGACGUGUGGACGAAAUUUCGGCUCUUCCAGAAGCCGGCCAACUUUGACGCUCGGCUGGCUGAAUGUGAGCGUGCGCUGGCCGGGGUCAAAAGUCAGGUGGGGGUGCUGGACAUCCGCAGUGUGGAGCAGGACGUGGUGCAGUCGCAGCUGGAGCAGUGUAUGAAGUUGUACAAGGUGCUGAGUGAAGUGAAAGGCGAGAUAGAGACGGUGAUAAAAACAGGGCGGCAGAUCGUCCAGAGGCAGCAGACUGAGCAUCCCAAAGAGCUUGACGACAGGGUGACCGCCCUGAAACUGCUCUACAACCAACUGGGAUCCCAGGUAACUGAGAGUAAAUUAGAGCUGGAGAAGAGUCUGAAGUUGUCAAGGAAGUUGCGUAAGGAGCUGAACGGGUUGACGGAGUGGCUGGCCGCAACUGACGCCGAGCUGACCAGGCGCUCUGCGGUGGACGGCAUGCCCAGUGACCUGGAGGCUGAGGUGGCAUGGGCACAGUCCAUCCAUGAGGAGACGGAGCGGCGUCAGCCUCAGCUGCAGGCUGUUGUGGACCUCGCCGAGGCCCUCAAGGCUGUGCUGCGGGGCCACGGCGGCCUGGUGGAUGACAAAGUCAGUCUGCUUCACUGCAACUGGAUUGCAGUCACAUCCCGAGCAGAAGAAUGGCUCAACCUGCUGCUGGACUAUCAGCGGCAGAUGCAGAAGUUAGAUGGAACGAUAGAGGAAGUGAACAGAUGGAUCGACGGAGCGGAGAAAAAGAUGGAUGACUUGGACAGCCAGGGACCCAACGACGCUGUGUUGAAG